AUGAGUGAGUCUGAGAAAGAGCAAAACACCGUCACACCAAACCAUGACGCGGUCUCCAAAAUCGUACCUGAGACAUCAAAAGUCGCAGACGAGCACGCCAAGUAUCUGUUAGCAGAAGACAAUAGAGUAUGUGUGCGUUUGUUCUGCCAUCAUUUCAAUAAACUUGGUCUUCAAAGCACAUAUCGACAUGCAUGGAACGGGCAAGAAACCGUCGACAUCUACAAAGCGUACCCCGAACAAUGCAGGAUGGUUUUUAUGGAUCUCGCUAUGCCUGUCAUGGGUGGUCUGCAAGCUUCCCUCCGUAUCAGAGAGCAUGAAAAAGAACACAACCUCGAGCCGGCGAUCAUUGUGGGACUUGUUGUUGGUGACAUGAGGAGCGAGACGGAUAGAUUGAUCAACGAGUUUGGAAUGGAUACUGUUUUGAAGAAGCCGGCAAAAUUGGAAACCUUGCGUCAGUUUUUACAAGACUGGCCUAUUUAG